UCCAAAAUCAGUAUUCGGAAAAGAGACGUUACCGGUGUCCGCGGGUUGUUCUCUAUUGAGAAAAACUAUCAAGUUAAGACACUUGAAAGGUCGAAAAUAAAUAAAUAAACGACCAAAUUAAUUGAACAAUAAAUGUAGCAAGAUGGAUCGUGAACUUAUUGAAAAAUUCAUCGAGGUCACAGGGUCUAGUGAAGCUGUAGCUCGGCAAUAUCUCUUGGUGGCUGAUGGGAAUGUCGAAACUGCGAUAAGCUUGAUGUUUGAAGGUGGUGGUGCAGGAGUUGGUGCAGAAGUUGAUGGCGAAGCUGAGCUGCCUGAAACAGAAGUCAGAGCUCCGAUUCUUCCAACUCAGGAAGUUCUGGUACCGACACAGCCUGUCUGUGCCUUCCCCAGAGCCUCGAACAAUGUGUUUGAUAGAUUUAGGGACUUUGCGGUAGAAACACAGCGCCAAGAGGAAGAAAUGGCUCGCAGAGUAGCAGGGGUAAAAAAGUUGUCACCUAGAAAGUCCAAGCGUCUUGAAGAUCUUUUUAGACCACCUUAUGAUAUCAUGUUUCUUGGAACAUUCAUUGAAGCGAGAGAACAUGCCAAAAUAAUGAAUCGUUGGCUUCUGGUAAAUGUUCAAAACCCACUAGAAUUCUCCUGCCAAAUUCUUAACAGAGAUUUGUGGCCUAACGAACAAAUUAGAGAAAUGGUCCGAGACCAUUUUGUUCUUUGGCAGGUAAUUUCUAACACAUCAGAUGGUCAGCGAUUCAUUGACUUCUACAAUGUCACAGAAUAUCCUUAUCUGGCUAUUUUGGAUCCUAGAACAGGCGAAUGUGUUAGAACUUAUGACCGAAUUACAGUCGAAAGUUUAAUAGCUGGGCUCAGCGAUAUGCUUAGCACUCAUAUCUCACCAGAAACUGCACCUCAGGUUCCUUCCACUGCCACAGAUGAUUGGCUAGCCUGCUCUGCGGGGUCAGUUGUACGAUAUUGUGAUAUGCCUUCUGAAUCCUCAACUAGCAACACCAAUGCUAGUUGCAAAAAACUUAGAUGUACGCAGAACACAACCGUUGAAUCAGCAAGUAACGAACGAGUUGACGCGGGGCCCAGUGCCAGCAGCACAGUAGCGUUACCUCGAAGCAGUGGAGUAAGCAUUCUUGGAAAAAGAUCGAGAACAGAGGAAUUAUCCAAGACAAAAAAGCACGAGAUUCUGCAUUCGCUUCUGCAGAAAAAUAAUGGGGAGCCAAGCGUUUCUGAGCCAAACUCUACUGUAGUACAUUCACCGGAUGAACCGUCCUUACGUUUGUGCCUGCGCUUGCCAAAUGGAGGUAAAGAAGCAAUCACGAUGGGAGCCAGCGACACGAUAAAAAAUUUUCUCAGUCGAAUGGAAACCAUGGGCUAUCCCCCCUCGGAGCACACGUACCUGGUACCAUUUCCAAAAACAAAUAUCGGUGCAUUGUCGCAACAGAUGCGGCUAUCAGACACAAUUUUGUUUCCAUCGAACACCGUUUUUAUCACUAGAAUAUAAUUGAAAAAAAAGGACAUUAUUAUAUUCAGCUCAUUCCUAUUUAUUAGUGAUGCGUUUCAACUCCUAGAGAGUUUCUUUCCAGUGUUCGCCUCAGUUAAGUCCCACUUUUCUGCACGUUUUUUGUUUGACUAACAUGGAUUUUUUCCUCUAUCAUACCUCUAUCGACAUGAGGGCAGUUUCCUUGAUGUCUUUAGAACUCGGCUAACUUAUGUGUCGACUGUUUUUGAUAAAAUCCACAUUGUAAAUAAGCAUAAUGAUCAAGCUGGCUCUGAAUAAAUUUAGCUUGUUGGAUUUUCAACUGGCAAAAAGACACGAA